AUGUCCAUUCAGACACCUAAGCGAGCCGCUGGCUUAGGCAAAGCUCUUCCAGACCUUGGUCACAGCCUUGAAAAUGUUGAUUUGCAGCAGCAGAACCAAUGGUUUGAAGAGCGACGGCGAAAGGUCGAUGACACGAACAAGUUGCUGCUGGAAAACGAGCAGAUGCAGAUCGAGAGGUUGCGAAUGGCAGCUGAAGACGUUGCAGCUGCCAGGCAUCGGUUGGAGCAGCCCAAUGAGAUCAAGAAGGUUCUGGUGGCAAAACGUCAGCAAAUGCUGGAUAGAAUUCACGUUCUGGAAGAGGAGCUGAAGCACCUCGAUGACCUCACCGAGGCAAAGGACACAGCCGCCGCAAAUGCAAGAAUCCACAAUUAG